UAACGACUUGUCUUUUGAGUGACAUGCAGUCACGAACGUUAUGAUACGUAACGAGGACAUAUGCGGCUCAGGAAUAUUUCCUGACAUGGACAAGUUAUGAAGGAGAAGAGGGCCUGAGCUGGAAUGAAACGUUUUGGGAAAGUUUAUAUGUCUUCUUCAUGUUGAUCUUUGCUCUUCCCAAGCUGAGUAGAGCAGUGGUGCGUGUGAGGAGACUGGCGGCUCAACUCAGCAAAGCAACAAUGUCCACAAACCACCAGGAAUCCAGUCCGUCCUCUGCAGCCAAUGGGGAUGCUCCCACUGCAGCAAUUCUUAUCAUUGGAGAUGAGAUACUUAAGGGUCACACAGUGGACACCAACAGUGCCUUUCUGACACGAGCACUAAGGAAGCUUGGAGUGUCUGUGCAGCGCAUUACAGUUGUACCGGAUACACAGGAGGUCAUUGCCAAAGAGGUGGCCCUCCUUUCGCCUCAGUACACGCACCUCAUCACCUCAGGAGGCAUAGGCCCCACCCAUGAUGACGUCACCUUUGAGAGCAUUGCCAUGGCGUUCCAAGAGGAGUUAUAUCCCCACCCUGAGCUUGCCCAGCUUGUUAAAGAAUUCUUUGGGGUGGUGGACAAAAACAGUGCUGCUUUGAAGCUGGCCAUGGUUCCUCGCUCAGCCAAACUCAACUAUGGAACCGACCCUCAGACUGGACAACUGCUCCGCUAUCCACUGGUCAGUGUGCAUAAUGUGUACAUCUUUCCUGGGAUCCCGUCUCUGAUGGAAAGGGCCUUCAGUGGGCUGGAGCAUCUCUUUGCUAGUUCAGGGACCACUUUUCACACUCGUGAGGUGUUUGUGGAUGCAGAUGAAGCAGAGAUCGCCCCUGUGCUGACCAAACUGCAGGCUGGUUGGGGUAGGAAGGUGGCUCUAGGCUCCUACCCCGACUGGCUGAGCAACUAUCACCGAGUCAGGCUGGUCCUGGACUCAGACAGCCAGGAAGAGGCGGACAAAUCCCGGGCGCAGCUGUUAGAUGAACUGCCCAAGGGCAGCGUGGUGCCCUUAGUCACUGACCCGGUGUCCAUCGCCACUGCUGAAGUGUACACACUGGCCAACAACGGUACGCCGUUAGGUGAGAAAGUUAUGUCUGCUCUGAAAACGAUAGAGGCUGCACUGGAUCAGUAUUCAACAGGGGAAGUCUGCGUCGGCUUCAACGGAGGCAAAGACUGCACGGCGCUGCUCCAUCUCUACUAUGCUGCACUGAAACGACGGUAUCCAGACGGUAAAGACAAGGUGAAAGCUCUGUAUAUUCGUAUCGUCUCUCCAUUCCCAGAAAUGGAGCGAUUCCUCCAGGACACAAUUAAAAGGUACGACCUGGAUCUCUUCUCUGUGGAGGGCAGUAUUCGGCAGGCGCUGAGCGAGGUGCAGGAGCGGAGGCCGGAGCUGAGAGCCGUCCUGAUGGGGACCAGGAGGAGUGACCCCUACUCACACACACUCACAUCCAUGUGUCCCACCGACCCCGGCUGGCCAGACUACAUGAGAGUCAACCCGUUACUAGACUGGACGUAUCAUGACAUCUGGUCGUUCUUGAGGACGCUAUAUGUGCCCUACUGCAUUCUCUACGAUAAAGGGUACACUUCACUGGGCAGCAUGGACAACACCUGUCGAAACACGUCCCUCCAGAUGGUGGAUGGGAGAGGGGUGACACGGUACAAGCCAGCCUACCUCCUGGAGAAUGAAGAAGAGGAGCGAAACUCCCGUGCCUGAUGUAGCCUCACUUCUCCCUGUCACCUGUUGCUGAUGGAGCCAGAUUUUCAGAUCACCACUCACACACUAUUGUCCUUGUGAAGAAAAGACUCAACGCAUCCGACUGCAGAAUGAGAUUGUGAAGGGUGUGUGUGUGUGUGUGUGUGUGUGUGUGUGUGUGUGUGUGUGUGUGUGUGUGUGUGUGUGUGUGUGUGUGUGUGUAUCUUUGUU